GACCGUCAAUAAUUUAAAUUUACCUUUUUUAAAACUAUAACGAUUUAUUUUGUUGAAUUGAGUUCAUGAAUAAAUUAAUGUACUGCAUCAAAAUGUUAACUUAUAAUUUAAGCAGUUUCGAUAAGUGUUGACAAACAGCUGUUGCUGCUAAAACGCAUUUAUCCAACUUUUUGCAUGGCCUUAGCAAUUGUUUAAUUUUAAAAUAUAACUAAUUAGUGCUCUUAUAGCACUUUGUGUAGUCACAAUUAGACGGCGACAACAAAAUAUUUACAAAAAUUACGUUUUUGAUACCGGCUUAAAACUUAAUAAAACAACGCCUUGAUUAAAAAAAAACGUUUGUCGAGUGUUUUUCAGUCUAAGAUAACAUAACAUUGUUGCUCGCUGUUGUUAACAGUCUGCAAAAUGUGAAGUUAACAGACAAACGCAAAAACAGCAAUUUGGCAAAAAACAAAACAAAAAUAUUGCAAAUAAAUACGAAAUAUUAUUGUCAAAGAGGAUUUUAUUGCUAAAUAGACGAACAAACAGCCAACUAAGAUGGAAACAACAAUGGAGACGUGCUUGUAGGGCCGAUCGAAAUUUAUUUCACAUACGCAGUUUCCAUGAUAGACACCAAAAUUUGGCCAGAGCGUCAUGGGCUGCAUAACGAGCACCAAUAAGCUAAACGAGCUGCGACAGGAGAAUGUGUUCCGCGUACGUGUCGCCCACUUGCAGCCCAGUGGACCCGAGGCGCCCAUCAUACGCAGCGGCUACUUGGAAUUAACGCCACGCGAGCUAAUUUUUCUGACGCCCGGCUGCGAACCGAUUGUGUGGGCACUGCAGCAUCUGCGACGCUAUGGCCUGAACGGGGAUCUGUUCUCGUUUGAGGCGGGCAGACGUUGCAUGUCCGGUCCGGGCAUCUACACCUUUCGCAUCCACAAUGCCGAGCAACUUUAUCCGAUGUUCCAGCGUUACAUCAACGCUGUCAAUACGGAUGCCUUUGCCCAGGUCGAGAGGGAACGGGAACGUGUAAAUUCCACGCAUUCGGUAUCGGUGCUGAUGGGACGCAGUGAUCUCCAGCCGCACAGCAACAACUACUUGGAACCGGCACCGUUGUUGGCCCGGAAUGCUCUGCAAUCCUCCUCCCAGCAGCAGCAGCAGCUAUCGCAGCACCAGCUGCUCCAGCAGCCAAAUGAUAUGCUGGUGGCUGCCAGCGAUUCACCUGACUCUUUGCCAAAUCUGCAGCUGAUGGGAUCAGCGGAUGCGGGCGUCGAUGGCGAUGUGGGCGCACUGCAAUCGCCAAUUACGCCAGGCGCCUACAUCAGCACCAGCACAAAUCUGUACUUCGAUCAGCCGUUGCACCGAUUGCUUCUCGAGCAGCAGAGCAGCAGCAAUUCGCCGACAGAUGGCACGUCCACUGGAACCAAUUUGGUGGAUAUGCCGCCACAGGAAUCGGCACCGAUGAUACUCAAUGAUGCGUUGCGUCUGUAUGCCAAUGUGGAUCGUUUGCUUUGCGAUGAGCGUUGCUAUGAGAAUAUCAAUCGUUUGGAUUUGCCACUGCUGCCUCGCGAUAGCUCUCAACAAUCGAUGGCAUCCACAGCACAACAGCAACAGCAACAAACCCAACAACAAUCGCAAGCACAACAACAGCAGCAGGCACAACAACAACAACCAGUGACGCCAACGAGCCUAACUGGUGUCAACUACAUCGUGCUCGACUUGGAUCAGCCACGCAGUCCCGCGCAGUGUUCGCCCAAUGGCUUUGGCAGCGGUCAAUCUUUGAUUGCCGCCGCGCCCGUUACACCGGAUGGGCUUAAGGCGAGCACAGAUGCUACAACGGCAGCGACGAUAUCGACGCUGAAGCGUAGUCCCAAAGCAACAGCAACUGCCACAACGGGUGCAACAGCAACAACUGCGGCAGCGGAUAAGGUCGCUGGCUACUCGACAAUUGAUUUUAUACGCACGUACGCCUUGAACAAGUCAUCGACGGCAACGGGACACGACGGCGAACUGGCGGCUGCGAUGGGACAACACAUGCAGGAUCAUCCGCACGAGGAGGGAGAGUUGCGGAUAACGCGGCACAGCAAGGGUAUGCGAAAGGCCUACUCAAUCAGCGAGUAACGAGUAAUGAAUAGAACAUAGAUCGUCUUCUACUCGCUAAUAGUUGAGUCAAGUAACGAGUAGCACAAGCAGAGGCGAGUAACGAGUUGCACAAGCAGAGGCGAGUAACGAGUUGCACAAGCAGAGGCGAGUAGCGAGUAGCAAGGGGAACAUCUUUUACUCGUCAGCAAGCGUCUAAAUAUUGCGCAAAUGAAUUAAGAAACAAGUGGCAUAAGCACAGGCGAGUAACGAAUAGAAAAUUUAGCUUCUUCUAGUCGCUAGCAAGCGCCCAACGAUUGAUUCAGAUGAGUCAAAUAACGAGUAGCAUAAGCAGAGGCAAGUCACGAGUAGCAAGAGCAUAGACGAGUAACGAAUAAUAAAUUGAAAGUCUUCUACUCGCCAGCAAGCGCCUAUCAAUUGAGUCGAGUAACGAGUGGCAUUAUCAGAUGCGAGAAACUAGUCAUUUACUCAAUAGCAAACGAACCGCUAUGCGAAAGAUGGGUCAAAUAACGAAUAGCAUAAGCAGGGCCGAAUAACGAGUAGAAAAUAAAGCGUCUUCUACUCGUCAACAAGCGCUUAGAGUCAAGUAAUGAGUAGCACAAACAGAUGCGAGUAGCGAAUAGAAAAUAAAGCGUCUUCUACUCGUCAGCAAGCGCCUAGGGGCAAGCAACGAGUAGCACAAGCAGAAGCGAGUAACAAGUAGCAGAUAGAGCGUCUUCUACUCGCCAGCAAGCUCUCAACUAUUGGGCAGAUGAUCAAGUAACGAGUAGUUGAAGCAGCACAACGAAUUUACCAAAAAAAAAAAAAAAAAAAGACGGGUUAAAGUUACGACUCGUUCUAUAUUUUACUAUAAGGUUUAUAAUUGCUUGCUUGCGUCGUGGGUAACCAAUUGAAGAAUCAACCUCAAAUUCUUUGCCCGGAACGCAAUCAGGAGACCCAACAAAAAAAUCCCAGUCACAAAUCAGGUUGUUUCAAUGCAUGUACUUACAUAUACAUAAAUACAUACAUUUAAUUGUGCACAUA